AGCCAAUGUCAGUCAUUUGAAAACAGUAGCUGUGCCUGGAAGUCUUUAAAAAUUUACAUACGCUGGUUUUGUGGGAGGAUUUAUCUCGAUACUGAGUUGCAGGUCACAGAGGAAGCUAUCCCCAACUCUCAAGACCCCUGCAACUUGACUUGACCGAUGACACGCCAGAGUGCCAUCGACGUCAUCCUUCCAGCAACACAAAACGACGAUCUCUGGCGGAAUCCAACGUUUUGUUUAUUGCGAUCGACUCGGCAGUUGGCGAUGUUUCAUCGCUCCACAAUCGCGUGUUUCAACACCAACCGUCGAGCCAAACAGAGCAGCAAUGAACGAUUCCCCCGGUCCAUCCCAACUUAUCAUCUCCUAUCUAGGGUCACUAUCUAUGUCUGCUCAAGAUGUAUAUAAGAAACUCCAAAAGUCAAUCGGUUUGGACAUUCACCCAACCAUCCACUCUCACUUCUCAACCCAGUCACUCUUUUUCAAGCAAAAUCUCACCAAGUCACUCUUUAUUUAGUUACGUUUUUAUUCAUCAUGAAGUUCAGCCUUUUCUCCCUCGCUGCUCUGGCCGCUUCGGCCAUGGCUGCUCCUGCUGCUCAGGUUGCUGCUCGUCAGGUCCCAGCUGUCCCAGCUGUUGCUCCUAACGGUGCUGUCAGCCAGGUUGAGAGCAUCGCUACCUCUCAGACCGUCACCAAGACAGUUACCAAGAAGAUCACCGCUGUCAACGUCUCCAACACUGGCGGUGUUGUCAAGGUUCUCACCAUUGCUGUUGAGCAGGUCAAGAGCCAGACCACCACCAUCAAGGAGGUCAUCACCAAGGUCAAGUCCAACGCCAUCUCCAAGGCUGCCGCCGUCAAGGUCGUCACUGCCGAAGUCCACUCCCUCAACGUGCUCCUCACCGCCGUUGUCAACCAGCUCAAGGAUGUCGUCAGCAUCAAGAUCAACAUCCCCGACGUCAAGGUCAUUCUCGGCCUUGUCAUCCAGCUUCUCCACGAGCUCGUCGGUGUCGCCAAGGAGGUCCUGAGCAUCCUUGGUCUCGACAACGUUAUCGGCAGCGCUUUCGAGCUCCUCUUCCAGACCGUCGCCACCCUCCUCGGCCUCGUCACCCAGCUCAUCGGCGACAUCGUUCCCGGUCUCGUCGACAUCCUCUCCAACAUCCUUAACACCCUUUCGGGCACUCCUCUUGGACCCAUCAUCCAGCCCGUCUCCAACAUCUUCGAUGGCCUCACUGGCUACCUCACCCAGGGCACUGCUUAAGCGACACGUUCAAGAUAUGAGACCAGGGUAUGUGGGAUAUGCCCUUUAGAAGACAAGACAAGCAUAGAGGGAGUUUAGACAGUGGAUCUGGUUCAAAUCAUGCAUAAUCUUAGUUAAUUCAAUGCUGUAUAUUAAUUCAUACGACCUCUUUGCUAAAGGAAUGUCCAUAACUCGGUCUCAUGCUGCCAUUAUCGUCUCAGCCAUUAGUCCAUUAUCAUCUCGCGCCCAUUAAUGCAUCAUUAUAUGUCAACUCAUCGGUCGUGAAAUCAGUUGCAAACAGUCUUGUAGCUGCUGAAGUGAGAAGAAGUCUCUCGACACUGGUCAUCCUUGACAGUCUUCUGUCCACGCUUGCAGUUGCUGUCUGUGAAAAGAAGAACUAUAAACAUGUCAGCAAUCUUGCACUUGUAGUGACAAGGGAGUUCUUACGCUUGCAGCCUUUAGCAUGCUCAUACUGGCUCACAGAUUUGACCUUGUCGGUGAACUUGAAGCAUUCAUUGAGCUCAUCACGAUGCGUGGUCAAUUCACCGAGGUUUCCGUUGUUGUUGUCACCUCCGCAGUCUUUAGAGCUCCAAAUGCGGGCAGAAAUGACGUUGAAGGGGAGAUCCUUGGAAGCAGGCUCAGCAGCGACGCCCAUGACGAGAGCAGCAGUAGCGAUGAUGGUAGCAAAAUGCAUUUUGGUGGUUGAAAUGUGAAGAUGUGAAAGUGUGAGCUAACCGAGUGCUGUAGUGCGGGGUGAUUGAUUGAUGGCUGUUGAGUGAUGAUGAGAGUUUGGUCUGUUGCGGGAAUGGAG